AUGGCGGAUGCACAAUGGAUUUCAGUCGUCGACUAUUUACAGUCUGACAUAGGUUUUAACACUAAAAAUUUCGGUACUAUCCGUGAACAUUAUCAACAAGAAUGUGGUGGAUCAUUUCCUGUGGUGAUUGACGAUUUUGCAAUUAAAAAAGUAGCACAACAACUUAAAAUUAAAAUUGAUGAUGAGAAUGAUUUUGGAUUAUUAUGUGAUUGUGUUAUAUCUUCAAAUGCAGAUGAUUCUCAGUUAGUUGCACAGACUAGAUUUGAUAAUGCAAUACCAUCACAACAUCGAUCAACUUUGAAAAAAUCAAAUAUUAUUUCUUCCAAAACAAAUUCAGUUACUACUACUGUUAAUAAAGAUUCAUCUCCAUUGAACAAUGGUGAUAGUGCAAAGUUACUUAAUGAGAUUGAUUGUUUGGUUAACAUUAAAAUGGCUUUUUCUCAAGUAUCUACUUUUAUUCGAUCAUUUCUACUACAACCAAUCUCGGAAUUAGAUCAAUCAUUACAAAUCCCUACUAUAUCAACAUCGAAUCCGACCACUGACCAACAAUCAUUUGUUCUCGAUGUUAAUUGCCUACUCUAUUUAUUUAUUCGAGAACAAAUGUCCAAACAUUCUGUCGUUAUAUCAACGGUUCAUUUCAAUUCGACUCGUUUUCGUCUUGUUGAAUCGAUUCGAUUGAAUGACGAAUUCGAUCGAUGGGAAUAUGAUCAUUUACGUGGUCUAUUUGAUUUAGAGCUUGUACCUCAUGAUAACAAUACUCGAUUUCCAAAUCGAUGGCAUUUAGCUGAUAAUGUUUCGAUCUAUUGUCAAAUUAAAACAAUCAAUAACAAUGAACAAAAAACAUCAUUAUCACAUUUCGAUAGAUUAUAUACGAACUCACUCGACACAUUUGUACGAAAUGUUUGUGCACAAGAGAAUAAUAGUCGAAGCGAUGAUUGGUUAAAAGCACUUCGAGAUACAGAAAUAGUAAACUUUGAACAUUUGGCUAGUCUAGAUCGAACAGAAUGGGAUAGAAUUCCAGGUUUGACUGUAAAUGCAAAGCGAAUAUUGAGAGCAGCAACUGAUCGACAUCGAAUAAGUAAUGUUAGCGAACAACGUCGACAAAUUACAAAUAGUUCUAAAAAUGAAAAUAAAGAAAAGACUGAAGUUCUUGACAUAUCAGAGAAUUUAUCAAUAUCCAACUCUGAACUUUAUGCAAAUCUGCAUUUGAUUAAACUAUAUGUAUGUGAUAUAUUACGUGAUCAACCAGCAGUAAAAAGAUUUGGUAAUUUAUCUAAACUUGAAACAAAAUGUUUAGAUGAAGCAUUUAAAGAAAUGCAAUCUGAAGGUUUUGUCGACGAUGGUUUAUUUUCGAGAAUGAAAGAAUUUUUUCUUCCACUCACUAUCUCUCAACAAGAAUUGCAUUUACAUUGGUCAUCAGAUGGACAUAUUCAACGUAGUUGGUCAGAAAGACGUGAAAAGUUACUUGGAAAUCUCAAUGAACUCAAAACUAAUCAUGAGAAAGAGGUAAAACAAUAUGAUAAAUAUAACGAUGAAAUAAGUAGAGUAGAGAAAAGUAUUGAUGAUGCACAACGGUGUUAUUUUAAUAAAGCAGCAACGUUGCAUUCAAAGAGCAAUAAUAUCGAACAUACAGGAACUAUAAAUCCAUUGAGAUUAUUCAGAUGGAAGUCAAGAAGGCAUACUAAAGAACAGGCUCUAAUUCUUCAUCAAGCAUAUAAAGACUUCGAACAACAGAAGUCCAGUCUACUUAAAAAAUUGAAUGAAUUACAAGAGAUGAGAAAUACUAUUAGAAUGAAAAUCACGGAUUUCGAGACACAAAUUGAAGAAGAAAAGGAACGUUUGAAUAUGAUCGAAACGAAUUUGAACACACCUCAGCAACCUGUUGAUAAUCAACUAGUUAAACCUCCACGUGGUCUACUUUUAUAUGGGCCUCCAGGUACUGGUAAAUCAGAUAUAUUGAGUAAAUUGGCAAAAAAAAUAGGUAUAGUAAUGGUGGGCCCACCAUUAGCAGCUGGUGAAUUAAAUCGACCACUUGUUGGAGAAAGUGAACGCAUAAUAAUUGCAUUAUGUUCACGUUGUAAUCAAAUACCAUAUGCUAUGUGUUGUGUAUCAAUUGAUGAAAUUGAUUCAUUAGCACCGAAACGUGGUCAAGAUUCAAGUGAAGGCAAAAUAGAUAAGAUUUCUGUGCUUUUAUCACUAAUUGAAGGCAUCAAAGAUAUAUCGAAUUUAAUGAUUUUGAGUGCAACUAACCGUUUACAUAUAAUGGAUGAAGCAUUUUUACGUCGUAUGUCAGGUAAAUUUUUUGUUGGUCGACCAUCAUCAAAUGCACGUCGUAGUAUUCUUCAAAAAAUACCAUUUUGGGCUCUCGAACCAGAAGUACUCGAUCAACUAUCAAUUGCUACAACAAAUUUUAGUGGAGCUGCUGUCAAAGCAUUGACACGAGCAAUCACUGUUAAAUGUAUUAAAAUGAAGCUUUCAGAACCUAUGGGUGAAAUUGAAGCACUUCAACUAGCUGAUCUUAUAGCUCAACAAUAUCAAAUAUUUAUUGGUAGUGAAACAUUACCUCGUUUACUUUUACGUAAUCAACUUAUUGAAACUAAUCACCAUCCUUAUCAAUUACCACGAACUAUAACAUAUACAGGACGUAUAAUUGUCGAUUUACAAAAUCAACGUAUACGUAUUGAAAUAAUUACAAAAAAACCUAACACAAAUAAUAAUCAAAUAUCAGUUGUCGAACGUAAAUUAUAUCCAUAUGAAACAAAUGUUCAAACUCUACUUGAACGUUUAACAGCAUAUGGAAAAAGUCGUAAUGUUCAACUUCUUCAAUUAAUUGAUCUCAAUUUAUUGGCAUCACAAGGUGCUUACGAUGAAAGAAAAGUCUAUGAAUUAUUAAAAGAUCGUUAUGAUGAAUGUAUUUCUUAUUCACGUUCAAUGAUUGUCUACGAUCUAGAUGCAUUAGUUGGUAUACAUAAAACACAAUCAUAUUCGAAUGCGAGUCCAUCAAUUUCAUGUUCAGUACAUAAUCAAAGUAUAUAUACAUAUGUACUUGCUCGAUUUCGUGAUCGAGUUAUGGAAGAUAUUCACAAAAAUGAAACAGACAAUGUUGAACGAUGGGCAAUCGCUGUAAUUCGUGAACCAUUUCUAUUACGACAAUUUGCUGAAGAAACACAAUUUCCACGUACAUAUCAAGAACAAGAAGAAUUAGAAUUAGAAAGACGCAUGGCUGAAGAACUUAUCAAAUGUGUUAAAUGUAAAGAUUUUUAUAUUGAAAAUGACAAUCGUUUUGGUAGUUGCAGUCAUCAUGAUGGUUUCGUUUAUGAUAAUUCGGCAGCUGAUCCAACAAUAUAUGCACCAAGUGAUGCAGCUAAGAUAUUAAAUAAACUUGAACGUAAGGCUCUUAAUGAUGUUAAUCAACGUAACGAAUAUGAACGACAAAAAACAAAAUUCAAAUGGAUCUGUUGCGAUGAAACAUUCAUAACAAUAUAUAAAGGUGGUUGUAAGAAAGGUAAACAUGGAUUUUUUCUUAAUGGAAAUGAGUCAUCUGGUCGACAAGUAACAAAUAAGAAAAUCAAUCGAUGUGAACAAGCGACUAUUGAACAAUGGGAAGACUUUUGUUGUAAUAAUGCAGAAUAUGAGGAAAAAUUGGAGUCAUUAUUGAAUGAUAAGUGA